UAGUAAAGUAAUGUAAACGAGUAUUUAAGGAGUGCAUAAAUUGUACGGUUUCAUUUUUAGGCUCAAAUUAUAAAAGACGAAUAAGCAUGAGGAAUGUGAUGAAAAUAUUCUUGUUAAUUCUUCUGAUUUCUAUACAUUUUCAUUUUCAAGAUGCUGCAUGCUGUGGAGGUGCUAACGAAGAUACAAAUAAACAAUCGGAUGCAGAAAAUCCUGGAUUAAAUUCAGGUAGUAAUAAUCCUGAUGAUGGAGGAACUAUUCCAGAUUCGAUAUUUGCUUUCGAUCCUUUCCUUGCUUAAAUUGUCAAGCGAUUAGUAUUAUAUUAAAGUUAUGAAAUUUUUCUACAUCUUAACAUUAUGUUUAUUAAUUUAAUAUAUAUUAUUGUUCUGUUAAUAAUAAUGCAUUUUAUUCACA